ACGCAGGAAAAACUGGAGCAUUUGUUGCUGUUUCAAUGGGCUUUAAUUGAACUCUGCAGGUGAAAAAGUCAGGAGCAGGAUCCUCAACUCUGAAAAAAACAUUUCAGCUUCCCAGUUAGGUUACAGUUUCAGCCUUUAGUGAAGAUGCUGUGGAAGGUGACCGUUGCCUUGGCCGUGAUGUGCGUCGGAGGCGCAUGCAACAGCGUGGGAGCCGAUGUGAUGAGCAGACUGAUUGUGCCCAGGGACUAUGGGGUGAAACUGUGCGGGAGAGAGUUUAUCAGAGCUGUCAUUUUCACCUGCGGGGGCUCUCGGUGGAAACGGUCCACAGAGGGGGAAGGAGAGCUGUUCCACUGGACUUCCCUCGGUGAUGUUGCACCCGAAGCCGAGCGGAGGACCUGGCAGUAUGACACAGAUCUCAGAGACGAUAACUCUCCUCUCCCCUUUGCUGCCUCCAACUCGCUAGCUGACCUCUUGACCCUCUUCACAGUCACAAACGAGAGACAACAAUCGUCUUCAGGCUCCCCAGGCCUGCCGAGGGAGUCCAUAGCUUUAGGUGAGCAGGUGCAGAAUAAAGACGCAGCCGACCGGCUUGUAGUGACCAAGAAGAAGAGAAACUUUUCUCUGGGCGUGGCGGGGAUGUGCUGUAACCAAGGCUGCACCAAGAACGAUAUCGGACGGUUGUGCUGAGGCAGAAAGGAGAAAAGUCUGGUGUGAUAAUAAAGAUUAGGCACUGUACAAUAAUUUGUUUUGAGCAAACAAGAAGGGAAACAUUUGGUUCAUAUUUGUUUAAUAGCAGCCAUUAACUGUUUGUCUUUGAAUUUAUUUUAAUAAAAUUCAUGUUCUGUAUGUUGACUGUCGCCUUCCUUGGAACGUGAAUAAAUUUUAAGUACUGCAGGACGACUCGUUAACACAGUGUCAUUGUGCUUAAAUGACAGUGACUUUUUUUGUUGGAAGAUUGAAAUAUCAUUUUUAUUUAUAUCUUUGAUAACAAAAAGGCAAAGAUCUGAAUUUUAUUUGCCAUCAAAAACAAACAUCCAGACUUUAGAAAAAAAAUACAAUCUCUUAACUUUAUGAUCAAAAUUAAUAAAUCUUUUGUGAAUUAAAUGAGUAAACACGUUUUUUUUUUACACCAAACAUUUGUGAUCAUUUACAUUCACAGUAAAAGCUCAAUCCAACUGGCUGGAAAUGAAUGUGGAAAAGAGCCGAGCAGUAUAAAUGUUUCUUUGUAUAAAAAUCUUUGGUCAUGAAAUAAACUCACACUUUACAAAUUAACAUAUUUGACCAUAAACAACACAAAUUCAUCAUUAGUAAAAGUUGUACAACUGAAACAAAGAUGCCUUUUUCACAGCUUUAAACAAAGUAAGCAUAACUGAACUUGCUCUUUUAAGUUCCAAUUUUUCAACAUGUUUUAUGAAUUUUUGCAGUUAUAAUAUUUUUAACAAAGUAAAGGCACUGAAUUAAAUAAGAACAAUAUGAAUAAGGAUCUGUCAUUUAUGGCAGAAAAAAUUGAUCAUUAAAAAAUAUUUCAAAAUGCAUAAUUUCUUUAAAGCCUUCAGUCAUCAAUAUCCAUCAUACUUAGUCUUAAAGGGGACCUAUUAUGUUUUCUUGAACAAGUUAGGAUACGUCUAUGGCUAUACAAACAUGCGGUAAAAACAGCUGAAAAAAACAUGCUGGAGCUCCGCAACGGUUGCUAGGUAACAGGGCAGCGCCUGAAUAAUUUGGAGGUUCAUAUGAACUUACUUCCAAAAAAUAGUCUUUUGUGGGUGAUUUUGUUUUAAAUCACAUGAACUGUUUUUACAAGCAACUGAGAGCCAAAUUGAAAUACAAAAACAUGCAAAAAGUGAACUUUGCAUAAUAGGUCCCCUUGAAAUAUUCCCAAAAUAGUGACAUGAAUUAAAAAAAAACAAAGCAGCCCUUCUUACCACUCAUUUAUGGUUGGUAAUGUAAUGCAAAUAUUCAUAUCAAAAGACAGCAUCUCUAACUGACCAGAAAUCACAAAACUCUUUAAAUAAACUAAUAGCUUGCACAAAAUAUAGGCAUCCACUUAUUUUAAAGCUUUCCAUAGGCUGAUAAUGAACCCUUAUAUCAUUCAGAAUGUGUGAUGCAUUAAAAAAGAAUAUGUAAAUUAAAAUAAAAACCUUUCAGAGGCAUUACAGUGUAACUUGAUGAUCGCUCACACAAUGCAGGCUCCACAAAGCGUUUAAUUGUUGAGCAUUCAUGGUUGUUAAACACAAUUUUUAAUAAAAAGAUGCAAACAUUUCAAUAUCUUUGAUAUUAAAAUCUUUUUUCAC